GAGGUGCCCCAGGCUCCACCAGGCUCUGCUCCGCGGCUGCGCCCGUCCCGUCCCGCGGGGUGCCCGUUGUGCUCCAGACGCAGCCUCCAUCGCGCCCGUUGCAUUCAUUACGCCGGUGCAUUCUGGCCGCACCCAUGGCGUGGCGUGGCGUGGCGUGGCGUGGCGCGGCGCGGCGCAAACACAGGCAAUACGGGCGGCGGGCAGCACCAUUGCCUGCUACCUUACCUGCGGAGCCUGCGGUGAAAUUAGAUCACAUUCUUCGGCGAGGCGCAGAGCCUUGCAGAGCGCCGCCGUCGAAGAAGGCAUCCUCCGCAGUGCCUCCCAUGGGCUUCGCCUUGUGUGAGGCUCUCGUGAUCAAAACUGCUGCUUGCUUAAAACCAGAGGCACACUAAAAAAAAAUUGCAGCUGUUUUCGAGGUAAAAGUUUGAAGUUUUAUCUGGUGACAAAAAGCGAUUGCUAUGGCUCUCCGGCCCUGACUUCCGCACCCUGCCCAACUUCGACCGCCCCCGCCCCUCUCUCUUUGUGCUGAGCCUGUGCCUAGCAAUCCCCAAGCAAUCCUUUCGGCGGUUUGCAUGGAUCAGGUCCACCGGAGGCACGCUCCACUGUGCUCUGCUGUGCUCUGCUGUGCCCUGCUGCCGGUGCACCGGCCGAACAGGACAUUCCCUUUUAAUGGGGUCCUGCUGCACAAUGAGGGCUCGCCCAGGCCCCCUCCGCUCCGGCCGUAUUCCCGAGAACACGAAAGACCCCAUUAGGAUGGUCAUCGCGCGAGCCCUGGCUACCAUACGAUAAUGUUCCUUGAAAUCCCUUUGCUAGCCGUGAUUGCUGGGUCAACACAGCCCCAUUAAAAACAAAUAAAUCCUAUAGUUUUCCAGACGAAAAAGAAAAAAACAAACAAAAACGGCCUCACCAAAAAGGAAGAAAAAACGGAAAAUCAGGGCACGAUGGGCUGGGUGGGACCUAACGGCUGCAAAUGCUACUCGAUAAGCAAGCUGCAGCCGGGCUGGGCAGGGUGACCAAUCAAGUAUGUCUUGACGGGUGUCAAACAAGCCCGGCCACGCCGCACCACGCCACGCCCACGGAGUGCCCGGACAAGGUAUCCCGUUGUCAACGGGCAAGUGUCCAACAGGAUGUGCAUCGAGCGUGAUGAUUGAGCUACUUCACAUGAGCGCGGCCCGUCGCAUGCCGCUAUACGCACCAUCUUGAAAUAUUGCAGAGUUUAAUUAGCGAGCAGGUGAGCGAGCGGCAAUCUAGUCACGGAGAGGACCGGGUCGUCCCUGCUAGACUCGACUCGACGUGUCGUGCUUGCGCCUACUUGCAGGAGCACCCAGAAAAAUGGAUAGCUGUACCAACCAUCGUAUGGGGGGCGGUGAUUACGACUACGACUAUUCACAGCUGACGGAGAAGCCCCCGGUCACGCCUUCCAAGCCGAGCAACAACGCCACGACGGCCGCCACCAGCACCACCACCAAGAAGCCCAGCGUGCGCACCUCGGAGACGGAAACGAGCAGAUCGCAGGAGCGCUCCGCGGCCGCGAAGCCUGAGGUCGGCGCCAGCACCGGCAGGGAGGACUCCGUCGCGGCGCCCGCCCCCGUGAGGGCUGCCCUCGCCCCUGUCGCUGCCCCGCUCAAAUCCAAGCCCGCAGUCCCCGUCAAAGCCGUGGUCCCCGUCAAGCCCGUCGUCCCCGUCAAGCCAGCCGUCCCCGUCAAGAUCUCUGUGGCGCACCGCCGUUGCGGCGCUGGGUACCACCGCGACGCAUCAGGCCGCUGCAGGCGCGACCGCCGACCUCUGUACGCCCAGAAGCAUGGCCAUCGUCGGCCUGCCAGCCGGUCAGGCCCCGCAGCUGCAGCUGCUGGAGCCACCGCAGCGGCUGUCGCGGGACCGCCGCCGUCCUCGAGUGUCCCAUCGGUAGCUGCUGUAGCAGCCCCUGCGGCUGCCGCGAGAAUGCCACCAUCCUCGGGUGUUCCAUCGGCGGAUGCAGCACCCGGAGCCACCCCAGCUGUCGUCGCGGGACCGUCGCCAUCCCCGGUUGCCCCAUCGGCAACUGCCCUUCCAGUCGCCAACCCAGCGCUCCGCCCAUCGGCCGAUGUCGCUGCAGCUGCGCCUACAGCUGUUGCUCCCUCUGCAGCCCGGGACGACCGGCCCGCAGCUGCCCUCCCGGUGGCGCCCCUGCCGCAUGCAGCUGAUGCAGCCGCGGCAGGUGCAGGUGCUGUGCGCCCUGCUGCUCCCGCAUCCGCAGUUGAUGUCUCUUCACCCAUCACCAUAAUUUCUGUGGCACCGCAACCAGCCUCUGCACCAUCAACAAAAGAGGCCGCGUCGUUGCUUACUGGAGCAGUUACUGCUUCAUCGUUAAAGGAACACACCUCCUCCACUGUUCAGCUCAAAGAGCCUGAAUCUGCCUCCUCUUCACAGAACACUAAGGCUGAAGCUGUCCAAACCGUGUCACAAGACGACGAUCUGAAAAAACCCUCAAAACUGGAAGUAUUAAUUUCUGAACAAAAACCUUUGGCGUAAUCUCCAACAAGGGGAUGACACACAUCGCUUUGUUUUGGAGUAAACACCAGUACGUUUUGCCCUCACGAGUGACUCUCAUAAAGCUUGACCUCUGGAGAACUGAUUAACGAGUGAACCCAAGACUCAUAUGUGGAGUAAGGAUUAACUAUAGAGCUGAACAAGACGCCGCGAAAAGCGUUUCUUAAUUCGUUCGUAAACGAAGUUCUGAAAUUUGUGCGUUUUGCUCAGGUCUAGCAGGCAGUCACUUCUCCGGGGUCAAGGCGAGGGUCAAGCGGUGAGGUAGGAGAGGGGGGGGGGGGUAGAUUGCAGAGAAGCCUAGGCCGUGAAAAGAGAAAAGCAAAGCAUUUGCACGUAAAAUAAAGUUGCUAGUCAUAUUUUCCGUCGAAGUAAAAUUAAUAGAGACUUGUCGGUUGUCGGUCUCACUUCGAAUUAAAAUUAGUCUUCUGCGGAAGUCGAUACGUAUGACCCAUGACCCACAUAUUUUUGUAGUUACGUAAAACCGAUGAUUCUGCACUUCCAUUGUACUGACUGACAAAAGUGUCAAAUAAAUUUAGGAAUGAUUAUUGUACUGUAUAAAAUGUUUCAAAAACGAAAAAUUAAAAAGUGAAAAUUUGGGAAAGACUAAA